GGCGGCGGCAGAGCAUGGCAUUGCACAUGUACUGGCACUUGCCGUAUUGGAGCUAUUGCGGAUUACGAGAGUAGUAGUUGCGGAUAGCUCCAAUCAAGAUGGCGGACCUUAGCGACCUCAUGCUUGACCCGUCUGUAUCUGUGUCAGUCCCCUUCCCGCUCACUGCCUCCUCUUCUCUUCCAAAGCAAGCGCUGUCGCCUUGUUCGCACCGGCAUGAUGACGACGACCAAUCGACUACCGGCUGACACCCAUAUCCACAACCGCGAGGAUGAGUGGAAGAUUGAGCAAGGCCUACAUGGUGCCGCACUGCCCAUCCUAGACCAGUCCGGGCCCGAGAGCUACUUCAUCAAGCCACUCGAGUAUGUGCCGUUCAAGGAUGAGAACGCGAUCGCGUCGGUUGGCGACCGUGAUAUGCUGUUUCAAGAUGAACCAAACUGGAAGGGCCAUAUCGAGUGGGAGAACUAUCCGGAGAAGAAGGAGAAGGCGCACAAGAUCUUAAGCUCGCAGAACUUCCCACCGCCACCAGAGUACCAAAUGGGCCCUAUCCCAGGUACCAAUCCCGUGCUCGAAGGCGUUCGCUGGAAACAGUGGCAUUACGCAAUCGGCGGCGCCCUUAAGACAGUACCCGAAGAGUCAUGGGAAAUCGUUCUGAAGGAAAAGCACCCGGAGAUGCUCCACCUCCUCCAGUUUCCCUACAACGGCGAGUCGCCCAAACGCCUCACGACAGCGAAAGACAUCACGCCGAACUCGCUUCACUUCGUCCGCAACCACGGUGGCAUCCCGUACAUUUCGCGCGACAAGUACAAACUGCAGCUCGACGGUCUUGUCAAGAACCCACGCACUUUCACACUGGAUGAGCUAAUGAACCCGGAUGUCUUCCCGCGUAUGGAGAAACUUGUUACCAUCCAAUGCUCUGGUACACGGCGUAUCGAGCAGAUUGUGUACAACGCAGGCGAGGGUGAUGAGAUGAUUAAUGCUCCAUGGGCUGAGGGUGCCAUCGGUACCGCCAAGUACGUCGGUAUCAGCCUAAAAAAAGUCAUCAAAGCCUGCGGCGGCCUUAUCGAAGACGGCAAGCAUCUGGAAUUCUACGGCGCCGAAACCUACUUCAAGAAGAACAGCGCCAUGAACUACGUAGUCAGCGUGCCCUGGUCGAAGGUGAAAGCCAAUGAAGUCAUGCUCGCGUGGGAGAUGAACGGCGAGCCGCUCCCCAAGAUCCACGGCUACCCUCUCCGCGUCGUCGUCAUGGGCUACAUCGGCGCCCGAUCGGUCAAAUGGCUCUACCGCAUCAAAGCCAUCAGCAACCCGUCUCUCGCUCCCGUCCAGUCACAAGAGUACCUCUACUUCAAUCAACAAACCGGCAAGCACAACCAACGCAUGACGGACGGUAUUCAAAUCCAAGAAAUGCCCGUCAGCUCCGCCAUCAUGAUGCCCUGGAACAAGCAGGUCAUCAUCCACAACGGCAGCAUCCACUGCAAAGGCUGGGCCUACUCGGGCGGCGGCCGCUGGCCUGAACGCGUGGAAGUCUCCGCCGACGGCGGCUUCAACUGGUACGCCGUGCCCAUGGACACUAUGUCGCCGAAAGCACGCUUCGCCUGGCGAACCUGGGAGUUGGAUCUCCCGUGUGAGGCAGAAGGCUGGAUCGAGAUUCUAUGUCGAUGCUGGGACAACGCGCUCAACACUCAGCCGCUUAAUGUCCGUGCGGCGUGGAAUUGGGGCUUGCAUGUCACUUCUUCGGCGCACAGGAUUAGUGUGUAUAGUGUUAAUAAGAAGAGGGAAGUUACGAGGAAACGGCUGGAGGAGUUUGAGUCGAGGGGUGUGCCGUUUGGCCCGCUUACGGUGCCGACGGAGUGGCAGGUGCAGAGUUGGGACGAUUAUCAUGCGUACUGGAAUAAGGCUGAUCCGAGGGAUGUGGAUACCGAGUACCAUGCGGAGGAUCUGGAGGGUUGAGUGUGGUCUGCGACUCUGCUGGGCUGUUG